AUGAAACUUUACUGGCCAUACCUUCUCGUAGCCACGUUGCCAUUCACACACUCAGUCAUUGCUCUCCCACACCUAUAUUCAAAAAACCCUCAUCAGGAGGAGGUCGUGGAGCCACCAGAGGAAAAAUACUUCCAAGAACCUGGUGGUGAUGAUAUUCUGGGCCACUAUGAUUCGAGAUUUUUCAAAGGUGUGGUCACGUAUGACAACCGAAUUGAUACCCUGUUGCAUAUGACUCGGGCGUAUUUGAAUUUUUUCAGAGAGAAUGGACUGGAGACAUGGAUUGCGCAUGGGACAUUGCUAGGUUGGUGGUGGAAUGGGAAGGCUGGUUGA